GGUGUCUGCGGUUCAGUAAAGUUCAGUUUGGUAAUGAACGCAAAUUCAAUUGAUAGUGUUGUUUUUCCAUUGUGAAAAUCUAUAUUGCUUCAACUUUCUCAGUUUAAUGUUUAUAUUUGAUUGAUUCAUUUAUAAAAUGGACUCUGAAGAGGAAACCUACGAUGACGUUGACUCAGGUAACGAAUCAAGUGGAGACGAUGUUGAUUUUGCGAUGGAAGUUGAAGUCACUGGUCACAGAGAAAUGCAGACAGAUUCAGAUGACUACCCUUUCGAAGUGCUCAGCACCGAGGAAAUCGUUCAGCACAUGGUAGAUUCGAUAAAAGACGUGAACUCAGUAGUCGAGAUACCAGCGACGACGACUCGAAUUCUGUUAAACCAUUUUAGAUGGGAUAAAGAGAAAUUAAUGGAGAGAUUUUAUGAUGGUGAUCAGGAUCAAUUGUUUUCAGAAGCCAGGGUGAUCAAUCCAUUCAAAGAACUGAACAUUAGUUUUAGGGCUAAGCCUCAGAAGAAAUCAACAAAUGGAACGGAGGAAUGUGAAAUAUGCUUCAUGGUUCUACCUUCAUCCCACAUGACGGGUUUAGAAUGUGGCCACCGAUUUUGCACCCAUUGCUGGUGCGAAUAUCUCACUACAAAAAUCAUGGAAGAAGGGGUCGGUCAGACGAUUGCUUGUGCAGCUCAUGGUUGUGACAUUUUAGUGGACGAUGCUAGUGUUAUGAGAUUAGUUAGGGAUUCGAAAGUUAGGCUCAAAUACCAGCAUCUUAUAACGAAUAGCUUUGUCGAGUGCAACCGCUUGUUGAGGUGGUGCCCGUCGCCAGACUGUAGUAACGCAAUCAAAGUUCAGUACGUGGAGCCACACAAAGUAACAUGUAAAUGUACGCAUUCAUUCUGUUUCGCUUGUGGUGAAAAUUGGCACGAUCCCGUUAAAUGUCACUUGUUGAAGAAAUGGAUAAAGAAAUGUGAUGAUGAUUCCGAAACGAGCAAUUGGAUCGCAGCUAACACCAAAGAAUGCCCUAGGUGUAAUGUAACGAUAGAAAAAGACGGCGGGUGCAAUCAUAUGGUGUGUAAAAAUCAGAAUUGCAAAGCCGACUUCUGCUGGGUGUGCUUGGGCCCGUGGGAACCCCACGGCAGCUCGUGGUACAAUUGCAAUAGAUACGAUGAGGAUGAAGCUAAAGCUGCCAGGGAUGCCCAGGAGAAAUCCCGUUCGGCGUUACAACGUUAUCUGUUUUACUGCAAUAGAUACAUGAACCACAUGGCUUCGUUAAAAUUCGAAAAUAAACUAUACGCUUCUGUGAAAGUCAAAAUGGAGGAGAUGCAACAGCACAACAUGAGUUGGAUAGAGGUGCAAUUUUUAAAAAAAGCUGUAGAUAUUUUGUGUCAGUGCAGGCAAACUUUAAUGUACACAUACGUGUUUGCCUAUUACUUACAAAAGAAUAACCAGUCUGUGAUCUUUGAAGAUAACCAAAAAGACCUCGAGAGUGCCACAGAGUUGUUAUCGGAAUAUUUGGAGAGGGAUAUUACGUCUGAAAAUCUCGCUGAUAUUAAACAAAAGGUUCAAGAUAAAUACAGGUAUUGUGAAAGUCGUAGAAAAGUUCUAUUAGAGCAUGUUCAUGAAGGAUACGAAAAAGAGUGGUGGGAUUAUAAUGAAUAAAUGUAUGCAGUACAUCCGUUCCGUAACUAGAAAUUAUAGUAUAGACGUUAAUACCUAGUUACCUCUUCAAAAAAAACUCUUACAGUGUUUAAAUAUUGCGAGUUUUUUAUUUAUUUUUAUACCAUUUAUUUACUUUCUGGGUCACAAAUUAUAUUUAGCACUUUAAUUAAUCCAUUUGUACUUGACAGGGUUGACACGUUGAAUUGUAAGUACCUUAUUCUUCAAAACAUUCAUAGAAGACACAUGUAUGAGGUAAAUCUUUUUUUUUAUAAUUGUUAAGUAUAUUUUCUUUUUAAUAAUUACACAAUUCUUUGUAUAUUCAACAACCAAUUACUUAAAGAAAGUUAAAUUUUUAUGUUAUGGAAAUGUUUUAUGAAUCACGUUCGUGAUUCGAGCAAAUAAACUAUGUUAUAGUGCAUUAAGAAAAAAUAAUUGUAUGUAACUCAAAAAAGUGUUUUUCUAAAAUCGCUUUUCAAGUUGCAAUUUCUACACGAUGCAAUUUUUAUUCUUCACGAGUCGUUUACGCACUGGUGCGUUAUGGGAAAAUGUACAUUGGCUUUGUUGGAAAAUGGGAAAUAUUUUACAUUUAAUUAUUUUACAUGUUCUUUAUUUGUAGGAAAAUUUAAGAAUAUACAUUUUAUUUUACUUUCGUAGAAAUAAAUUUACUUAUAUGGGUUUCAACAGUAAUUGUUGCUAACAGGUUUUAAUUUGUUAGGAUUUCUUUGUUUUCCAUUUUAUUAUAAUAAUUUUCUGAAGAAAGUCAUCAAAGAACAAAUAUUAACGAACAAAUUUGCUAUAUAAUUAAAGAACAAUUUUUGCACUAUACUUAGAAACUAAUUUAACAUUUUGAUAAAAGAAAAAUUAAUCUGGAUCUUACAUUUACUCAGUCCACGUUUUUUUUAUACCGAGCGAUCACCUUGGAACCCUGCAUUCGUCGAUUCAUCGCGCCGAAGCUGCGUCUCUCCUCAGUUCGACUGAUUCUCUCUUUCUACAGAUUGCAGCGCUCGAACUUGGACGCUCGGUAUAUAUACACAUAGGUGCAUAAAAGUUUGCAAUAUGAGUCAUUUCUAUGAGUUAAACAAAGAAAGAUUAAUAAAAUAAAAGAUUGAAUGAGAAAGUGGCAACAUCACCCUUUCUUUUUCGUUUAUUUUAUAAGUAUCUAAUGUAAGUUGUCUUUGUUGUACCCAUAGCUUCAAUUGCUAACUAAAAUGCAUCGAACUGUUUUACUUUUUUUAUGUUUUUUUAAAGUUAUAUUAUAAUUAGAUUACCGUUUAAGCAGAAGAUUUUUUGUUAAUUUAAUCAUACGUUUUUUGAGGUAGGCUUA